GAUUGCGCCCCGUCGACCUUGACGCUGGACUCGUUCGCGCUGUACACCCCUCCCCCCCGCGCCGAGACCCACUAUUAUCAUUCACCAUUAUUAUUCUCUUGAUCGUCGUAUCCGGACGUCUGUGUACGUUCUGCUCGUUCGUCAAUUUCCGUAUUCACGGGUUUCUGCGCCGUCGUCCUUUGUAUUUGUUCGUCGCUGACGCGAAAACUCGAAGUCCCGAUCGGCGGAAAACACCAAUAGCAGAAGAAGAACCCAGUCACAGUGACCGUGUGUUGUUCAUUAUCCGGUGCGCCGUAGUUUCCCGCCAAUCCGUAUAGAGAAUAAAGUCCUCUUCGGUGAAAUGCGAAUCUGUUUCGAAGGCGCCGAACACGGAUUACCUGCUGCAGAUUCGAUUCGACUGAUUCGAGUGCUGCUGCGUUAUUGUUGUUGUGGCGGCGGCGGCGGCGGCGGCGAGAUAACGUCGUCAAUAUUAAUAUAAUAAUUAGCCGGACGAGAAUCGGUACGAAAAGUGUUUUAUUCUACCUAAUAAUAAUAUAAUAUAAACAUUACGAGAUUAAUUAAUAAUACGCCUCGCGCACUUGUCGUGCACUCCACUACAACUAUACGCGAGAUUAUAAAUAAUAAUUUAUUUGCGUUUUUGAUUAGUACCUAUACCGAGUUGUUAAUGCAUUGUGUGCGGCAAGCUGUCCUCUCACUAUUAAUUUAUUGUGUUUUUUUUUUUUUUUAAUUAUUUUAUUUUCCAUUUGUUUGAUUAAUUUUUUUUCCCCAAUCAGUUUUUAGGUGAAGUGAGCAGAUAAAAAAAAAGGCCACAUCCUAUUCGCUGUCGUUGAGAUUGCUGUGCGGUGUCAGAAGCAUUCGCAGCAGUCUUGGACGUACGCUCUGGCAAAGAUCACCAUCCAUUAGAAAUACAACCAAGUACACGAUAAUUAAUACUGUCGUGUAAAAUGAGUUCAUAUCACAUAAACACUGCACCUGUAGUGUACGACAUCCAGAAUUCUACAUUGUUUAGUCACGCAUUAAUCAGCGAUUGCUAUUCGAAUAUCAUGGACACAGUCGCCACCAUAAUUAUGUCCGCCCAAUAUCAGCCGGUUAUCUUGUCUGUGAUGGGUUCCAUAAUCGUGGGCUUAAGCGGACUUUUUCCACUGCUCAUAUUGCCAGUUGAUGACACAAUAUCUUUGAAAACUGGACGUGAGUACCUACUACAAAUUUAUUACUUUGUCAUGUUAUAAAAACAACUAUUGUUUGGUAUUUAAUAUAAUUCGACGUAAUACUUACUUGCAUAUUCGAGUGUGUUUAUUAUAGUCAAAAAUUUGAUUCAAAUGAAUAGAUAUCUUAAAAGUCACAAUUUAAAUACCUAAUACUAGUUUAUUGAAAUGUUUUAAGAUUUUUUACAAAUAAAAUAAGCAAUUUUGUAGGUUCUUUACUGUAAUGUUCGCUUCCAAAAUAAAAUUUAAUUUCCUAGGUACUUUUAAUACUAAUAAUUAUUGUUAAAGGGUUCUAAAAUUGUAUAAUUAUAGGUACCUAUUUAAUUGUUUGUUGAACACCUGACAUGGAUUAUAAUGACACAGAAAAUCACUUCAGUACCUACAUAUCUAUGUGAAUAUUGGUAUUUAAAAUAGUACAUUAUCAUUCAUUACUGUGGCAUUUUUUAAAGAUAUUAUGUUUUACACUUUCUUGUUUCUAGGCCAAUCUUUAUACAGGUAUUCUUGAUUAACUGACUAGGUACUUACUUAUAAAUAAUACCAUUGUGGUUUUAUUCUUUUGAUAUUUCAAAUGAAAAUUGUAUUUACAUACAUGUUGAUCUGCCAUUUAGUUCAAUCAUAUUUGUUUAUAACAUUUGUCAUGAUAAGUCAUAUGUUAACUAUUUGCCUAUUAUAAUUCAAUAAUUUUAUUAUAUGGUGCAUAGGUUCUGGUGUAGUAAGUGAUUAGUUUAUCUCUUAAUAUUAUUGCAUAUAUUUUUAAAUUUUCAUAUUUGUUUUUUUGAUUAAACAUUCUAUCAUUACCCGCCAUUUAUUUAUUAUAUUUUCUAUGUAAGUACACACAUAAAUAACGCUGUGGUUGAACAAAGAAAAACUUCUAUUAUGACCUUAGAAAUAAAUUUAGCAUUAAGUCCCUCUGGUCGGCCUUGAACGAAUAAUAUGAUUGACAGUUGUGCAUGUCUUUAGAUUCGACUGUAUUUAUACAAUUAGAUACACUUUCAAUUAAAAUAUACAUCCUGUAUUUUAUACUUUCAGGUCAAUUAUUUUUGUUAGGUACAUUGUAGUUAAGAAGUACCUAUUACAUUAGAUAUUAUAAACUUUUACUUGGUUUGAUAUGUUAAAAAAUAUAAGAUGUUUUACAGAUAAAGAAUAAAAAUUUAAAAUAGUUCAAAAAAUUAUUUUUUUUUUUAAAUUUAUUAAUUUGUAUGUUAAUUAAUUUUCUGUUCAGUAUAAUAUGAUAUUAUAUUUUAAAUAUAAAUAUUUGUUUAUAGUGAGAAAUAUUAAGUUAGAUUAAACUAAAAUAGUCAAUAGGUUACAAUAAAUAAAGAUAACUGAUAUAUUUGCUAUCAUUUUUAUUGAGUAUUUAAUAGAUUGUAUUAUUAUCAUUAUCAGUAUGGCUAUACAAUUUGUAUGAACACAGAAAUGUUUACAAAUAUAAAGCACAAUCUAUUAAAUAUACUAUUUAAAUCGAGAAAAUAGUAUAAUAUUGAAAAUAUAAUUUUUUUUGAUACCUAAAUAAGUCAAGAUGAAAGGUAAAUUAACAAAUUAUUUAUUUUGACCUAGAAUUUUGCAUCAUUAGUUAUUAUCGUUUUUGACAGUGUCAUAGAUGAACGAUAAUAUUUAGACAUUUAAUAUUACUCAAUAAUAUGUGCAUUCAGCUAUAGAAUUAAAACGAGCGUAAAGAAAUCGAUUGAGCAAGAAAAUUGUGUUGUUUCAUGUCUUACUGAUGCAUAUUAAUUAUUUUGUCGAAAAUAAAAAAUAUAUAUAUAUUUACAUAAUAUGAUAAAUAUUAUUAUACCUGAAAAUGUGGUGAUUAGGUUUUAUAUUGAUAUUUACGUUUCUCAUGUACCUCUAAAUUGAUUUUUAUUUGUAUAAAAUGCAUAUUGUUUAGGUUAGGUGUGUAUUUAUACACAAUGGAUACAAAGCCCAAUAAACGCAACUAGUGUACAGUAUACAUUGUACAGAUAUGAUUGACAAAAAAUUUAAAAAAUUACUACACAACAAUACCAAAAUAUUCAAAUAACACGCGAGACAAAUUAUCAAUAUUAGGAAAGCAUAAGUGUGUUCUAGUUUAUAAUUUAUCCAAUUAGGUAUUUUCAUUUUAAAAUGUAUAACAAAUUUGUAAAUUGUUGCUAAAUUUAUAACUGUAACAGAAAGUUCCAAAGUUAUUAUUAUUUUGGUUAUUCCUAUACAAGUAUAUUAUAUACAUUUGAAUCCUAAAUUUGAACAAAAUAAAUAUCUCGUUACAUUUUAAACACUUGAAAUAUUAUUUAUUAUGUACUUUAAUAUCUAGUUUUAAUUUAAAAAUUAACAUUCAACAUUUAUGGAAAAACAAUAUAUAUUGAAUUAUACUGUUUCACGAUUACGAGUUUUUUUCAUUUGCUGUGUCCAUAUUAUUGACAAGACAAUAAUACAUUUCUACAAAAUUAUAUUAAAAAUAAAACGUUUUUUGUUCAGUCUCAAUUUAUUGUCAAUUUUCAAUUAAGCAUUUCAAUUGAUUAUUGUUUAAAUACCAUAGUAUUUUAACUGUUAUUAUAGUUUUGCUAUCAUAACUUUAUAUUAACGUAAAUUACAAAUUGAUAAAUUCAACAAACUAUAGCUGUGUUAACAAGGUGUUCAAAUUUAUGCUCAUUAAAAAAAAAAAAAACAAUAUUAGUUUUGUUAAUUAUUUUGCUUAUGUUUUAUUUAUUAACUAAAUAUUAAAUCAUGCUAGUAAUUUUAAUCACAUGAUUAGCAAAUAUUAAUUAGUUGUACAAAAUGUAGUGACUUAUAUUUUACUAAUUUGAAAUGCUAAUAUAAAUUUGUACAACAUUGGUUUAAACAUGUGAAUUUAAAAAUAAUAUAUUUUUUAUAAACUAAAUUAACACUAAUGAGUUAAUGAUGAAUAUAGAAGUAUUUUCGAUUUGAAAUUGAUUUGUUUAAUUUCUGGUGUUAAAAUGGUUUAGAUGGUUUGCCAGUGAAUAAAACGAUUAUAAAUAAACAGGAAAAAAUUUAUCUAUUGAUAAAUUAUUUUCAAUUCAUCAUAAACAUUAUGAUAUUAAUUAACAACACACUAUUCUAGAUUUAAUAAAAAUUAUCUUCAUGUAUAUUAUAUGAUCUUUAUUUAGAUUUUUUCACUGUUUCUCUGUUUAAUUUAUAAUUAUUGCUAUUCAAUAUUAAUUACCUAAUUAUGUUUUAUUUUGUUUUUUAGCUGGAAGUAAACAUUUACGUUUAUUGUUGAGUUUUUCUGUUGGUGGUAUGUUGGGCGAUGUAUUUUUGCACGUUCUGCCUGAAGUGUGGAUGGCUUCUAAGGGUAUGUAACAUAAUAUCUGUUUAUUGUUAUUAUCCAUUAAUGACAUCCUAUUUGUUUAUUCUUUUUUUAUUAAAGAUAGACAUGGAAACUGGAUCCGGGAUGGUUGGUGGGUGUUAGCAGGUUUAUUAGUGUUCAUUGUCGUUGAGAAAUUGUUCUCUUCAUCAAAUGACGAUGAAAUUGUUGACAUUAAAGCUGUCUAUACCAACAUAAAUUCUGUCAAUAAUAAUCAUAAAGACUUGAAAAAAGAAUCUGAAUGCGAUAAUAGUAUUUCGGGUAAAAAGGACCAUCAUAUUCAAGUGAGUUACUUACUAAAAUACUUUUUGUUUUUAAAUUAAUAUUUAUUAUAUAUAUAAUAUUUCAGAUUAGCGGCUAUUUAAAUUUGUUUGCUAAUUGCAUUGACAAUUUCACUCAUGGUUUAGCGGUGGGAGGUAGUUUUUUAAUAUCUCCAAGAGUCGGUUUCGUUACUACAAUAGCUAUAUUAGGUAAUGUGUGUAAUUGUUAUUAUAUAGUAAAACUUCCAUGUAAUGUCACUGAAGGGACCAGAAAUAAUGACCGCUAUAGGUUUCCUAUAGAGGCAUAACACUUGACAGGACCAAAAAAAAUUACCGCUACACACAGGUGAUCGUUAACGGAAGUUUUACUGUAAUUAUUUUUAUCUGUUUAGUAUAAAUUCAAAUUAUUUUUUUUAGUCCAUGAAAUCCCACACGAAGUUGGUGAUUUUGCUAUUCUUUUGAAGUCCGGGUUUAAUCGUUGGCAGGCUGCUUGUGCUCAAGUAUAUACAGCAUCUGGUGCCAUAUUUGGAGCACUAACGGCUAUUUACUUUAGUGGAGUUACUGAUGACGUGGGUAUGUGUCUUAUUUCUUUAAAAUUACCUAUACCUUAUUACCUCAUUUUAUUUUAGUUAAUUAUAAACUUAAUUUUUUUUUUGAUAAUUUUUUUUAAUAAAACAUCCUUUUUUGAUUUUUAACCUACUUAUAUUUUUGUUUAAUUUAUUUGACGAAUUCAAUACGUAACAAUAGUUAAAAGUCAAAUAAACUGUUAGGGUAUACAUUUCAAAUUUAAUGGCUCAUUGUUCUUCUAUACUCUUGUAAUCUAAAUUAGUUUAUCAAAUUGGUUAUUUUGUCAGACUAUAGGUUGCCGUUUGGUAAUUUUAGUACCGUAUGUGAACAAAUAUUAUGAAAAUGACAUUGAUAAAGUAUACCUACUGUUAUAAAUUUGCCAAAAAAAUCAGAUGAUUACAAAGUUAUUGACAAGGAUAAACACGUAUAUUACACGUAUACACUUUGUAUAUUUUGGCACUCUUAAUUAUUUACUGUUUCAUGAUAAACACUACAAAAAGAAACCUAACUUAAUUAUUGACAGUAUGCCUUACUUAGUAAAAGUUGAGGGAGUACUUUAUAAGACCUCUACUCAAAAUGUGUUUUCUGUCUGUCACACACGUAAUAUAGAAACAAAGGGCACUUUGCAUUUUAAUAUUAAUUAUAACUAUUGGGUUUAGUUUAGGGUUAUGAAAUCUAUAAUACAUUUUAUAAAGAAGAUGCCCUGAUCGAAUGAUUUUUUUAGAAUUUCCAUUUUUUAACAAGUUAUUAAUGGUUAACAUUUUUAUCAUGUUUUAAUUUUACUUGAUUUCUCUUAAUUUUAAUCAUUAAUAACUCAAUAAGAAAUUAAAAUAUAAAAAAAGUAACUCUGUUAAGGGAUAGCCAAUACUCUUCUUUAUAAAAUGUAUGUUGGUCUGUUUGCCAUAUUCAUAAGCUUAACUAGUCUCCAUCACUGAAGUGUGAAAUGUCUUUAUUGCUAUAUUACGCUAGAGACAGACAGAAAACAAAUUUUGUAUUGAUCUCAUUUAAGAAUGGUAAUCAAACUUAUUAUUUCUUUUUAUUUGUUAAAAAAUAUUUUUUUUUCUAUAAAACAGUAUAUAUAUUUUUUUAUUAUAAUUUAUAACUCUGUUUUCAUAUAUAUGUGUGUGUCAAAGAAUUAAUUUUGAAAACAAAAAAAAUACUUUUAUUUUCAGAGGCAAAGACAUCUUGGAUUAUGCCAUUCACUGCUGGUGGCUUUCUUCAUAUAUCCUUGGUUACUGUAUUACCUGAGCUUUUACUCGAAGAGAACCCAAGGGAAUCAAUCAAACAGUUCACGUUGAUAUUAGUUGGCAUUAUUGUCAUGUUCACCAUGUCCCACCUUUUUGAAUGAUGACAUACAAGCAUAUUUCUUUCUCUCCUCUAUCCCACCAUGUACCAUUAAUUAUAAAAGACUAAAAUUAUUAUUAUUUUUACUUUAUAAUCAAUUUUAUUAAGUACUAUUAUUAAUUAGUUGUUGACAUCAAGAUACAUAUUUUCAUUUUGUAUUGAUAUUUAUAUUUGCAAAUACUACUUUUUGGACUUUGAUGUGAUAAGAUAAAAAAAAAAAAAGUGUAUAAUAUUAUUCCAUCGUUCUCAAAACACACAGUUACUGUUUUUAUUUUUUCAACCCAAUUUUAUUUAUUUAAAUGAUGCAUCACAUAACCACUAUGAUUAUGUCCUUAUUGAAUUUAUUGUCAAAUGUUUUUUUUUUUUUUUUUAUAUAGUAUUUGGAUAAAGAAAAAACUUUAUUAAUUUUAUUUUCACAUUUUGUUAAGCCAUAUUAGAUUUUUAAGUUACCCAUGUUAUUUGUAAAUAUCAAUUGUUAUUGAAGACCUAUAACAAAAUUUUAUUUUUAUUGUUUUAUAUUACUACUUAAUAGAUGUAUCUUAUUGGAUUUCUUGUAUUAGGAAUGAAUAAUAAGAUCCAUAUUAUUUUUUUUUUUUGUAAAUAUAUUUAUAUAUAAAUAUAUAUAUUAUGUUUAACAAAUGUACACAAUUUAUUACAUAAUUUUUUUUCUUUUUACAAAAAUUAAGAACUAUCGUCUUCAUCGGAUUCCGAUUCUUCUUCUUCAGCUUCUUUUAACCAUUCUAUCAGUUUGUUAGUCUUUUGUCUUAUGUUUUUUGCAAACUGUGAUGUGUCUUCUUCCUUCUUGUGCCAUUUAAGAAUGGAUUCUUCGCUAAGUAUGUUAACAUCAUACAAAUGAUGUAUCACUUUGACUACAACAGUGUUAAGCAAUUCUUCACCUUUGGCAACGUCUUCAAUGGCUGAUAAACAGUCUUCACACGAAUCUAUAUUUUUUAUAUAGUUUUUUAGUACUGGCAGAAAGUAGUCAAGUUUGGACAGCAGUUGUGUGUAAUAUCGAACCUGAUUUAAAGCUUCGAGUUCAGCUUUACUGUUUAACGUUAACAUAGCUCUAAUCAUAUGAAAAUUGGCUUCUCUAUAAUUUAUAUUGUAAGCAUAACGUGAAGAAUUGAUUUCUAAUAUUAAGUUAUCACAGUGUACAUGAUCUUCAAAUCCUCUUAUCAAUGAAUCCACAACUUCAGAGUAAAACAUACAUGUAUCGUCAGGAAUAGACGCUGCAAUUGAUGAAUUGUCAUCAUCGGAUGAAGAGCAACUGCUAACUGUCAAGGAUCUUUUACGAUAUGUUAAGCCGUUUACUUCUUGUUCCUCGUCCGAAUCUGAAUCAUUUUCAACAUUGUAUAUAAAUGCUUUAGAAUUCAACUUUUUCAUUUUAUUAUUCAAGUUGGAACUAUGUAUACGAUGUUGUUGUAAAACUGUGUUUGGUUCGAUUAGGACACCACUACCGAGAAUACAACUGUCCGAUAUUUCACUUUUUUCUUUAAUCGUACAGUUUUCUCCGAUCACUGAAAAUUUUAUGACACAAUUAUUUUUUAUGGUAACACCAUCAAACAGGUAAGAGUUUUCGAUAGUUACAUUAUCACUGAUCGUACAAUUUUUUCCUAUAACACUUUUUAGUAUACGCGUUCCAUUACCUAAUUUUGAAUCUGAUCCUAUUACUGUAUCAUUACCAACAUCACAGGUUAAAGCUAGCUUUAAGUUAUCUCCAAAAUAGAUGUUGCCGUAUCUCAAACUAUAUUUUCCUAUAAUUUCUGGAACUUGAGGAUAAGUCCAUCGGUGCAAUAUGUCGUGAGUGACUUUUUGGUACGAUGGCCAGUCGAAAACUUCAUUAACGUAACCGUCUUGCACCACAUGAACAUACAGUGUACUGUUUAAGAUUUCUUCGUUGAUUAGUAAUCCCUUAAUAAAGUCGUCUUUAGUCUGAAAAUCAAAAUUGUCAGCAAAUAACGGAGGGACGGCCGUGGAACAAAUGGCGAUGUUGGUUUCGUUCAGAUCUCGUCUUAUUUUAACGGAUUCGUUGAGCACCAGUUCCAACGGCAAGUUAAUCUUGCCUUUUUUCUUAUUGUGGAAAAGUAUCCUAUUAGUCUGGGAGCUUAAUACCAGGGUCUGGCCUGUGUCUGCAUCGCCCUGUUGGUAAACGAGCGUCAUCACGGCACCUUUGUCCUUUUUCCGCAGGUCUUUGAAGCUUUUCACGAGCGGUAACAACGAAAGUUUGCCGACUACGUUGCCCCAGAGCAAGACAAAAUCAUUUCUAAUCAGAGCGCAAGAGUCUAAGUGCCGGAUGACAUCACCAAACGACCGACAAGUGUCGGAACUGGUGUAGAUGACAUUUAGCCGAUGAAAACCUGGCGUGUCGCGGACAAACGAUUUCGUCCGGUCAGCGGUACUGCUGGAACAGAAUAUUACCACUUCCGUGAUGUCAGACGAGUCGAGCAUGUUGAGCGCAUAGUAAAGUAACGGCUUGUUGACUAGCGGCACGAAACACGAGUGGUCUUUGUCGACAGCGGGCCAGAAAUUCUUGUGGAAGAAACUGGCCACGACCACGGCUUGCAGGAUGUCCUGUUUCUCCAAGUUGGUGUUAUUGCUGCUCAUGACGGCAGACGGACAAGUACAGACUACAGAACUAUAAUACUUUAAUAUAAAAAAUUUAAAUUAAAAAGUACAGUAGAAUUGUACUCGUCACGACUGUCGUCACGGGCAAUUCUGAGAGAAUCACGAGAAAAUCUGACUAUUUCGACGUUAUAACACGAUCGUGAUAA